AUGGACAAGUCUCAUCCCACCCGAGCUCCUUUGGGAGAUACGGGGUUCACCCUCGAGGCACCAGCAAACCCGAUACCCUACUUCUUUGCAACGCUGCUGGCCGCCUUCUUCAUCUACUCUAUGCAGGGUUCCAAGAUCAACCUCCCAUCAGCCAACCCGAAGAAGUUUUUCGAGCUCACCAACAGCCGGCCAAAGAAAUACUAUCUCACCAAUGCGAGAAGUAUCAUGGCCAGAUGGUUCAGCGCAAACCCGAACAAGCCCAUGAAGAUGGUCAGCGAUAUGGACGAGUCGAUAGUGCUGCCGCCAAGCAUGGCCAACGAGAUUCGCAGCCACAAAGACCUGAGCUUCGCCGAGUUUUCGGAAGUGUUCUUCCAGACAAAGUAUCCUGGCUUCGAGGCGUUUGCCGUCGGGAACCACAGCAGCCCUACUUUAACCGUCAUCAACAAGGACUUGACGAAGCAGCUCGCCAAGGUCACUGAGCCUCUAGCCGACGAAACUUCCCUGGCCCUCAAGCACACCUUCACGGAAAACAAGUCUUGGCACGCUAUCCACAUGCGGGCCACCUUCCUUGAAGUCAUCGCCCGAGUAUCCUCCCGCGUCUUCCUCGGUACGGAGCUCUGCCGCAACGAAGCUUGGCUCGACAUCACCAAGAACUAUACACUCGACGGCUUCGCAGCCGGAGAGCGACUCCGUGAUUUCUCCCCGUUCGUUCGAUCAUUCGUCCACUGGUUUCUGCCCGUCUGCCAGUCUGCGCGCAAGCGGGUCCGGGAGUCCGCCACCAUCAUCCAGCCCAUCAUCGACAAGCGUAACGCCCUAAAGGCUCAGGCUGUUGCCGAGGGCAGACCCGAGCCCGAGUACUUGGACGCAAUCGAGUGGUUCGAGAAGGCCGCCCAGGCCAACGGGGUCACGCUCGACCCGUCUCUGUGCCAGCUUUUUCUGUCAACGGUCGCUAUACACACCACCACAGAUCUUAUGGGCCAGGUGCUGGUUGACCUGGCGAAGAACCCAGGCAUUAUCAAAGACCUCCAAGAGGAGGUGUUGAGAACUCUGAAGGAGAGUGGCUGGAAGAAGAAUUCACUGUACAACAUGAAACUUUUGGACAGCGUCAUCAAGGAGAGCCAGCGCCUGAAGCCUCUGCAGCUUGCAAGCAUGCAGCGAAUCGCCACGGCGGACGUGACGUUAUCCGACAGAACCUUCAUCCCCAAGGGAGCUUGCGUCAGCGUCUCUUCCCACGCCCUCUGGGACCCGGAAGUGUACCCGGAGCCGGAGAAGUGGGACGGCUAUCGGUUCUACCGCCUGCGAGAGAAGGCCGGCAAGGAGAACUUUGCGCAGCUGGUCAGCACCGCCCCUGAGCACCUCGGGUUUGGCCACGGCAAGCACGCCUGUCCCGGGCGCUUCUUUGCCGCGAACGAGAUCAAGAUUGUCCUCGCACACAUCCUGCUGCAGUACGAGUGGAGACUGCCGGUUGACGCCAAGGCUGACAUCUUUGACUAUGGCAACGCUGCUAUAAUGAACCCGCAUUUGGAGAUCGAGAUCCGGAGACGGGCUGAUGAGGUUGAUUUGGACAAGUUCCUAGAACAGCUUGUGUGA